GGGGAUUUGAUUUACAGUACUCUGUUCACACUUGACCUGGUUUUUCAUUACGAAAUGCACAGCAGCAGCAGCCGCCUGCGGUGACUUGCUGCCCUUCUUCAGAGGGCUGAUGGCUUCAGGACGAGCAGAAGAAGAAGACGAUGGAGGCGUUGCUCUGGACAUUGACGACGUACACAUGCUCCUGCAAGUGGAGCAGGAUCAGAUCCAGAAAAGGACAUUCACCAACUGGAUAAAUGCUCAGCUUUCUAAGAGAUGCCCGCCCUCGUACGUGUCCGACUUGUUCUCGGACCUCAGAGACGGGUCAGCGCUGCUCGACCUGCUGGAGGUGAUGAGCGGUCAGACCAUGAAAAGGCAGAGAGGUCGCGGGGUUUUCCAGCAGAGGGCCAACAUCGAAACGGCGCUCAACUUUCUCAAGAAAAAGUCUAUCAAACUGGUGAAUAUGAACAUCCCAGACAUCAUAGACGGGCGGCCGUCCAUCAUCCUGGGCCUCAUAUGGACCAUCAUCCUCCACUGUCAUAUUGAAGAGUUGGCCAGCGCUAUCUCCUUCAGUUCCCGCCACUCCUCUCUGGAGUCUCUGGCCAGCCUGGACUCCUGCUCCAGCAGCAGCAGCCCCGUCCCAGCAAGUCCCGUCCCCGGCGAGUGGACGUCGCCGCUCCACAGACGCUUUCGCAUUUCUGCCAAGAAGGCCCUGCUCAUGUGGGUCAGGGACCAGUGUCAACGGGUUCAUUGCUCUGUCAGUGUCAAGGACUUCAAGUCCAGCUGGAGAAGUGGGGAGGCCUUCUUGGCCGUCCUGUCUUCCCUGCGACCGGAGCUGGUGGAUCUGUCUCUGGUCAGGUUCAGGAGCAACCAGGAGAACCUGGAGGAAGCGUUUCACCUGGCUGAGAGGGAGCUGCACAUCCCGCGACUGCUGGAGCCGCAAGAUGUUGAUGUUCCGGAUCCUGAUGACAGAUCCAUCAUGACGUACGUGGCCCAGUUCCUGCAGUACUCCAACGACAUGCCGGCGCCGGAUGACCACCUGGAGGUGUCUCCGAGCGAGCGUGCAGCAGAGGUGACUUGCUGGCUGCAGCAGGCCUACGACGAGCUGUCAGAAACCUGGGCAGUGACGGAGAACUCCACAUAUGCAGCAAAGUAUCAGGUGUUUCAGAGCCUCGCCGGCUCCUUCACUGAGCAGAGACGCCCGGUGAUGACUCUCUUCGCUGCCAUAAAACGCUGCCCGGAGCUGAGCGACGAGCAGCGUGAUCUGAAGACAGCGUGGGAUCGCCUGGAGGAAGAGCUGCAGAGGUGUAAAGCCGACCUGGACCAGAGUCUUCCUCCUCCUCUGGACUCGGUUGUUGCGUGGCUGCAGAGAGCAGAGGAGGCGCUAACAGAAGGCCCAGAGACGACAACAGAUCACGGAGAAGCUGCCAAAGAAGCAAGAGCUCGGCAAGAAAACCUGAAGAGUUUAAUAAAGGAGAUGAGUCAUUACACCACAACCAUGGAAACUCACCACAACCUGGACCAUUCUGGGAAUCCAGUAGUGCCUCCUGAGAAGUUUGAAGAGAUAAAACACCGUUUAACCAACGUCCGAGUCACAGCCAAGUAUGAGGGGAUCAAGCUGGAAUACCGGGAGUGUCACCACACUGUUCUGGGUCUGCUGGGACGGAGCAGAGCCAAGCUGGCGUCCUGGGAAGCUCCGUUCAGGGGCCAGGAGGCCGUGAAGACGCUUCUGCAGGACUGGCAUGAAACGGUUGAGCGCCAAGGCCUGCUCUUGGUUCUGAUGGACGCUCUGCAAACCCUGAAGGAGAAGGCGGGUGCUUAUACAAGCAAAGCUUCUAUAGGCGACGACUCCCAGCGCGUAGCUCGCCAGGUCAGGGACGCGGAAGGUGAAGCUGAGCUGCUUGCACAGGCUGUGACGGCUGUCAGAGUGACGAUGGAGAGGGUGGAGUCUGCGUGGGACACGUACAACAAGCUCCUCUCGUCCCUACUGUCAUGGCUGUCCCAGAGGAUACAGUUGCAGGCGCCAUCUGUUUCUAUGGCAACGCAGGACGUGAGUGAGUGGACCUCAUGUCACACUCAGCUCAACGAGGUGGGAAACUAUCUUAUCGAGGUGACAGAAACCCGCACGCGCCUGACUCUGGCUGAGCAGCUCAGCAAAGUCAACAUGCAAUGGGCUGAACUCGUGAAGAAGACAAAGUUUGAUUUGCCAUCAGAGCCCGGUGUCGGUGCCUCGUGUCUUCAAAAGAUGCAUUCACUGUCCCAGGAGGCGACUUUGCUCAUGAGGCAGCCACUGGAGGUGGCUUCUGUUCCUCUGAAGGCCAACAGGCAGAAACUGGAGUCACUGAGAAAAAAGAUGUCAGAGGUGGAUGUGUCAUCUAUAAUCCCUUCUUCAGAGUUUCAAGCAGCUCUGCCACAGAUGCUCGCUGAAGCGGAGAGGACCUGUGGGGAUCUGCAGCGGGCCACGUCUAGACUGGAAGGACGUCUGGCUGAGCUGAACCGCUGGAACACGGACGCCCAGGACUGCAGCGAGCGCCUGAAGGAGAAGACGCACGGGGGGCUCUCUCACGUACAAUCUCCAGCCAAAAUGAUCUCUCGAGGGUUGCAGCUAGCUCAGAGUGUGCUGUCUGAGGGGGACGAUCUGCAGACGUAUGUUGCAAAACUACAGCAAACGUCUCGGCAGCACCUCAUCACCUCUGGGAUGCAGGACAGCGUCUCAGCAGCAGUGUCUCAAUGCCAGGAGAUUUUCCGAGAGUUAAGCAAACUUGGUUUCAGGGAGCAAGUUGGUGAACUUCCUGAGCGGCAGCCGCCGUUUAGAGACACCUGCCAGCCACAGAAGCAGCCAGAGACGGGAUCCGGGUCGUACGUCGUGGCCAGAACCAAAUACGUGAGCCAGAUUGGUAAUGUUCAGCUGCGAGCUCAGGACGCGCAUCAGACUCCAUCUCACACGUUUCAACAGAACACGAGAGAUCGGCAAGGUUCGAAAAUCCAGCACGCAAACACAAAAGAGGUGAAAGACGUGGCUGCACCCCAGGGAGGACUGAAGGUGACGUCUCGGGCUCCUUUGGAGCCUGUGGUUCAGGCUCCAACAGCAACAGAAGCUCGAGCUGAGCUUUUGAUUCAGCUGAAGCAGUUUUCUAAACCUCAAGGCUUCAUUCGCGGCGAUCAGCCUGCUGUGACACAAACUGGGAAUAUCAAGCACAGAUCCAGAACAGGAGAGCAAGCGAAGGCUCCACAGACUCCCACGCCGGCACGGCCACCGGCGAUGAUCCACGGGGAAGUUCGCUCCAAAGCCCAGUCGAUGGCGAGGAGCAGGCUGGAGAAGGCCCAGCUCCGUUUGCAGGGACGCGUCCAACAGGCCCUGAAGUUAUUUGGUGGCAAAGUGUUUUCAGAGUCACAAGUCAAGAAGAAACAGAAAGCUUUGAAAAUGCUGCAGCCCUCCGUGCUCCAAGAGUUCCUGGGUGCGGUGGAAGGUUUUGGAGCCUUCUGCUCUGGACCCCAGCUGCAGGACUUGGUGCUCCUCUCUGACUCGGUCAGGACGCAGUGGGAGGAUGUGUGCCGGGACAUGGCUGCCUUUGUCCCCAUCUUGAGGUCUAAAGUUAGUGGAUGUUCUGUCCUUCAGUGUGAAAUGAAUACUAACCACGAAGCCGCCGCCCAGAAUAGCAAUGACUCCCUGCAGCAGCGACAGACUGUCACCGAUGGUUCUGCGUCUGUUGAAGAGCAUGCCGAGUCGCUCAGAGAGCUGUGUGAAACCCUGACCCCGCAGCAGUCCCACAACCCUGCAGAAGAUCAGCGGACAGACUCAGAUGAAACGCAGGAAACACAAGCAAAUGCACGUGACGCCGAGCUGCCGCCUAAGAGGGGCCAGCAGCUCAGGGGAGCCCCCCCGCUGAGCCCGACUGGCCCGCUGAGCCCGACUGGCCCGCCGGCCGCUGCAGAGCCGAGCAGCAGUCUCCCUCCCAGACAAAACAUGGACAGGUCUCAAGCGUUCCCGCCGGCGGGGCAGUUUCAGGAAGACGUGGUCCAACUGCGAGCGCAGGACGCCCCAACAGAGAGUAGAGCUCACCUGACGUGGGGCAAUGGCAGCGAGUCCGGGGAAAAGCCAAAACCUUCACUUCGAGCCAAAGAGCAGCUGCUGAAAGCUCGACUGCUGCACGUAACACAAACCCAAAUACAGGCGGUUGUCAGGAGCAACACCGUGGAGGCCAAGCGGGAGGCAGAGAGGACCGUCGUCUCUGAGCCAACGGCCACGCCGCGACAGGAGCACCUCUCUGAACAGGAAGUAGAGAGAAUGCCAACUCUAGAGAAAACCGCUGGCCUGAUAGAGUCUGCCGAUCGUCAGGAAGCACUCAUCACAGAGAAGCUGAACCUGAUCCUCGGAGAGUCCGUGGACAUCUCCUCUCUGACUUUAGCUGCAUCCACAAGGAUGUGCGAUCUAAAGGAGAUGUCUGACACGCUGCAGGCUGAAAUGCAGAAACUAUUAGAACAAAGCGCUGAAGAGGAAAGAGAAGGGCCGACAUCCAAAUCCCCAUCAUCCCUCUGCCGGGCGCUCCGCAGUCGCGUUCAUCAUCUGGAGCAACUGAGACAGCAGCUGGAAGACGUUCAGUCAACUGCCCGGGCUCUGAAUCAUUUCCUGGCCACCCUGAGAGUAAUCAGAGCUGAGCUCCCAACCCUGCUGGCAAACCAGGACCCCGGCAGGCAGAGAGACGAGGCAGGCCGGCAACACGAGAGACGGUUUUGGCAGGCGGCGAUGCAGAGGUUGCAGCCUGCUGUGGAACAAUCUGAUGUUGUUGACAAAAGUUUAAAAGCAGUGGGGAUGACACUGACCAUGGAGAGUGCAACUGUGACAUGCCAGGAUAUUGUGUCCAAGUAUAUUUUGGAGAUGGAGGAAGAGCUGGCAACUGCAGAGAAAAAGCGGAGAGAAGACGAGCUACUUCUCCUGAAAGAGGGGGAAAUGCAGAGCUCUGGCGAGGUGAAUCUCACGGAAACGCAUAAAGCGAAGGCUGUGAACAGAUCAACGCGGCAAAGUGGGGCACCGGAGCGUCCCGCGCCAAAGGGAACGGAUGAAGAGUCGGAGUUUGAGGCCAUAAGGAGAAGGCAGGAAGAACAACAUAACACCAAUACACACAGGGAGGAAGAGAGUCAAACAUGGAAAUCUGAGGGGAAAAUCUUCAAAACCAAGGACCAGAGACAGAGAAGACAAAGCAGCCAGAUUAAAAAAGAAGGAAAGGACAAGGAGACGUUGGCUGAGAGGACGGAUGCCUUGUUAACAACGCUGAGGGAGACAAAGGGAGCAGCUGAGCAGCUGAGGCUGCAGGAACUCACUCUGCCUGCUCUGCAGCACAGGAUGCGGGCCUUGGCCGAGCUGGAAAGUGCUCUUGCUGGCCUCCGUUCUGAGGCGCAGUACUUGCGUGGUGCACGACCAGGACCUGGAAGCCUGGAGGAGAGUCAGACCAGAGAGGUGGAGGAUCUCUGGGAGGAGACGACAAAAGCUGUAACUGAACGGCUGGAGCAGUGCGCGGCCCUGACGGAGCUGCUGAAGAGGUUCCAGAGCAUCCGCGGGGAGCUGAGUGGGACGCUGCAGAGAGCUGAGAGCACCAUCAGUGACCAAGCCUCCUACAUGGGGAAGGAUAAUCUGCAGAGACUACACACCAAGGUCCAGGAAACCAAGGCUGAGCUGAACGGACUCGGGGACGACAUAGAGGACGUCCGCAGUGUCUGCAGGCAACUUCACACUCACCUCCGCCAGAUACCAGGGGUCACUGCAACGCUGUUCGAGAGCGAGGCUGAAACUCUCAUGGAUCGCUGGCUGGAUCUAUCAGAAAGGACAGACUCCCGCCUUGAAAGCCUCCAUCGCUGCUCAGCCCUGUGGGACGGGGUUCUCCAACUAGGGAAGGAAGUGGGGAGCUGGACGGGCGAUAAGCUGGUCAUGUUCGCCGAGUGUCCCUCUUUUCAGACUGAGGAUGACAUCAAGUCACUGCUGAAUGAGAUCAUGACCCAAGAGGAGAGCAUCCAGCGUUUCCACCAGAGAGCCGCUGAGAUUCAGUCGCUGCUUCAAAGCGCGGAGGCUCCUCUGGAGCUGCAGGUGUUUGAGACCCAGAUGUGGAAGAAGUUAGAGCAGCUGAAGGAGCUCGUUUCAGAAGCCGAGGAGGUUUAUAAGCAGAUGGAGGCCACUAAGGGACAAAUUAUUGGGAGGAUGGAAGAGUGCUUCAACUCCCUGCAGAAGAUUGAAGAGUCCCUCGUCAGUCUCUCUGAUCCAGCUGUUGCAGCAAUCCUUGCAAAACUUAAGAAAUUAUUGUGGCAGCUUCAAACUGCGGACGAGCAGGCUGAGAGUCUGCUGGAGGACGUGCGAGCCGUUGCCUCCAUAGCCAGUCCGGAGAGUCUCCACAGUCUGUGUGUGAGCGGGACUCGGCUGCAGGAGAAAGUCAGGAACGCCCACCAGCUCUUCUCGGAAGUGGAAGAACAGACUCAGACGAAUAUCCAGGAUCUAGACAGGCUCCAAACAGAGAAAGAACAACUGGAGCAAUGGCUUCAUGCUGCUGAGAAAAAAGCAGCGAUGGGGGAGGAUCUUCGUCUCCUGCAGGAGGAAGCAAUCCAUCAGAGCUCAAAGGCAGACCUACUUAGUUGCCUUGUGUCAUCUUUACUAAGCAGCAAUCUUGGGCAGUCUGCACUGCUGGAGCAGAGUAGCAAACUGCUGCAACGAUAUCACACACACACCAGCACACUUGCUGGCUCAGAGGAAGUGCAGUCCUCUCUGAGCAACGACACUGACGUGUUUGGGACUUUGUCUAAGUCUACACAAUCCUGGGUUGAAGAUUUGAGACGAAUUGUUGACUCACCUCUGGAUGAAGGCUGUGGGAUCCGGACCCCAGUAGAGCAGAGACUUCAUCGUGCUCAAACUGUGUUGAGUGCAACGGCAGAGGGGGAGGCUCGCCUGGAAGAGCUUCGUAUCGCUGGAAAUAGUCUGAGCCAGAGACUGAUGAACAGAGAUGACCUGAAAGAGGAACUUCAAGAAACUAUGAAUAAUAUAUCGGAGCAGUGGAGGGAGCUUUUGCAGUCAGUUCUGCCGUAUUACAGGGCACUACAAGCUGACCCAGAGCUCAGCGCUCUCUACCUCACCAGGAGACUAGAGGUUUGCUGCAGAGUGGAGGAGCUGCAGCACCGGGCUGAGCAGCUCCGUAUCUCGGUCCUCUUGCCCAGCGCGGCUGAGCGUGCACAGGCCUGCCUCACUGUCCGUGAACUGCAGCAGGAAGCCCAAUCGCUUCAGUUAGUCCUCGCUGGCCUGGAUGAGCAGAGGAGCGAUCUGGCUGAGAGAACCAGCAGCGACGUCUGGACAGACUCAUCCUGGGCAGAGUUACAGUCCUGCUGGUCAGCACUGAUGGAGCAGCUGGAGGGUUUGCGUUGCCGCCUUGAAGAAGAUGUGAGAAACGAGGAACAGUUUGGCCAGUUGCUGCUAGACUGCCACCAUCAAUUGUCGUCUCUCCAGGAAAAGGUGUCAGCCUGUGAAACCCAAAAAGGAGCAAACACCGAUGUAUCUGCAAAGGAGGCUUUGCUACAAGAUAUUGGAGAUGCAGAAAAUGACCUUUCACACCUCCCAACACUCAGGGACUCCAUCACCGUCGGUGUCACAGCUGAGGCCAGAGAAAGCUUUUCUCAGCAAGUCAUUGCCCGCCAAGACCACAAGGGGGCAAUAGAGAGUUGCAUCAGACAUCAGGUACCAGUGCUGGAAGUGAACCAAACAAUUCAGCAAGUUGAAGAAGAAGCCAACUGUUUACAGUCCGAGCUGAGAGACCUGGCUGGGAAUGUGGAGACUCUGGAUGGAGUCGUCAGCGUGUCACCUGGCGUCAGCCAGCUGAAACAACAGUGGUGUUUAUUACAGGACUGUGAUAAAAGGCUGGCAGAGGUGGAUGCCAGAGUCAGUGACCUGCGCAGGACACAAUCACUGAGCAGCACUCAGGAAAUGUUUCCUGCAGACAUCCGUUUCAAUGCCAGUGCAGUUUUUACAGAUGUCAACAGCUUGAGGUCCCUUUUUGUCCAAAAGAAGCAGACGUGUGUAGCAAACGCUGCUGAGACGGUGGGCGAAGUCAUCGAGCGGCUGCAGCGAUGGACCCAAACUCAACAAACUGAACCAUCAUCCCCCACUCAGGCAGCUUUGGACGAAGGCUUGCAACUUAAACAAGCAGUUCAGGAAGUGCCUGCAGAACUUGACUUUCUUCAAAACUGUCUGGGAGCAGAUGUGGCAACAACUCUGGAGAAAAGGGCUUCAAGUGCUCUUAGCGAGAGUCUACCUUCACUUGAAGCUCUGUGUAAAAGCCUGGCCGAUAGCAGUCUAAGCAGAGGGUGCGGUUUGAGGAAAGAGGAUGGAGUGGAGCAUUUAUCAUCAGCUGAUGACACUACCAACAUAUGUCCUUCAGCACUUCCUACUCCUCCUGCAGCAGAGAGCAAGGAAGACUCAGAUGGGGAACAAAAGGAAAAGGAAAACAAAACCAAAGGCGUCGAUAGAAGUCACCCUUCUAUUGAGUCAAGUUUAUCACACGAGGAAGUCGAUGCCACUAAACAACAUCAAGCCCAUGUUUCACUUGAAAAGGAAAAUAUCCCUUCCCCGAAUACUGCAGGCAACUUUACGGGAAAACCAAAUAACUUCUCAAUGUCAACCCCUGAUGAUGCAUCUGAUCAUCUAACAAUGCAGUCAGAGGGUUUUAAGACUGUUGCAGAUAGUCAAGAACAAGAAAAGGUGUCAUUCACAGGUGUGUUGGACAUGGAUACAGAGCAAAGAGAUAGCACUGGUACCUGCAGUCUCGGGUCUUCUGAAGAAGCAGAGCUUUGUGAUGCUAGGCUCGUUGAAUUACCCGAGAAAACACCGGGACUCGUCACAGCAUCAGUCGGUCCAGGAACAGACGAAGCAGAUUUUAAACACUGUGAUUCAGCACAACUAUCAGAGUCAUCCAAAACACUCACUGAUGCUCAAAGACAAGAUAAACGUGACUCAGUAGUCAGUCAAGGCUCAGGUAAGGUGUGUACUGUCCUGUUGGAGCUGCGGGCAUGGGACAUACAGCAAACUGGAAACAUCAGAGUUAACAGUCCAGAUGUUUUUGGAUUGUCACAAGGAGCUGGUCUUUGUCAUACCAAGAUCCCAGAUAUCGCAAACACAAGCUUAUCUGAGGGGAAAUCAGAACUGUCGACGGCGUUAUUCAGCCCUGAAUCAGCUGAAACCAAACCACAAUCUUGGGUGUUAGUAAAAACAGAACCAGAAGCAACGGAGCCUGAAAGUGCUGAGUUAUUAUGCAGAGGAAACACAGAUCCUGGAUUAAAGAGCAUUGAGCGUCUGUGUUGCUCUAAAUCACGUUGCACAGCUGCUGAACAGCAGCUUACUGGAGAACAGGCAGGCGAAGGUACGUUUCCAGCUGUCAGACAGGAAGAGGUGACAGAUUUCUGUCAGGCUGGAGAGGAACUGGUGAGCUCAGCCGUCUCCACUAUGGAAGAUUUGGUGCCAACUGGAGAUGCCUUAACUGCAAAGCAAAUAUCUGCAACUGACAAUGAACCACCGAGGUCCAGUGACUCUGAACUGAACGGAGGCGCAGCGCGUGAAGAGGCGGUAAAAGCAGGAGCAAGACAGGAGAGUGCUUCACUGCCGAAUGAAAAGAGUCCAUGGAGGAAACCUGGAGCUCUGGAGGGGGUGGUGUUGACACUGGAACAGCCUCAGAUCCAGGGGAGCAUGGAGCCGGAGAGGACGGAUGUGGCUUUCCGAGCCGGCCUGGCUCCCGGAGACGCGACAGGUGGAUCCCCGGACUCCUACGAGUGCAGGUCCACCAUGCGGGAUAUGCUGUCUGAGAUCCAGAGCUCGGUUGAAAGAAGCAACAUUAUAAAUAGAACACCACACACGGACUUAAACUGGUACCUGAAGUCGUCUCCAGGGGAAGCAGACAUCCACUUAGUGCGAACUGUCCAGCAAGUUCUGGCAUGUCGAUAUCAACCUGCGCAGCUCAGCGUCGCAGCUAUGGUCAAACAGCUGGAGGAGGCCGAGGAACACAGGCGCUGUGUGCAGGAGCAAGUCGCUGUCAUGAAGAGCAAGGUUUCUGAUCCGAACGCUUUAAAACGGGCUGCGGGCCAGUGCAGCGCAGCACUUCUGGAUGCGUCGGCUACAGUGCAGGUCAAAGCUGCACAGCUGGAUCAGGUCAAGCAGUAUCACCAGAUAAUGAACAUCACUAAAGUCUUCCUCGAGGUGUUGGCUGCUGAGAAGAAAGAUAUGAGCUUAAACUCUUUGGGAAGCAGCGCCCUUCAAGCUGAGAAACUCCAUGCUCUGCUGCAGACGAUGGAGAAGAAGAAAGCCAUGGCGGAGGACUUGCUCGCCCUGAGUAGCCACUUGUCAGUCCACUUGAGCGAUGCUGAGAGUUCAGGUGCUCUCCUCGCUCAGCUUGGACAUGUCCAGGAGGAAUGGAGGCUCCUGGAGGGAAGUAUCAAAAGAGAUCUGCGGCACGCCUCAAACUCCACCUGUCAGUCCUCGCUCGUUUUAAACGAAGCUCGACAGCUCAAAUCCAAACUAGAAGAUCUUCUCGAAUUUGAAUCCGACAACCUCAGCACCUUGGAGUUUUUGUGUCUGAACACAGACCUGAAACUGUACAACCAGCUUCAUCUACAUCUAGAGUCCCAGUCAAUUGCCCUCAUCAAUUUUUCUCUGGGUGAGAAAGAGAAGGAAGAGGUGAAACAAAACCUGCAGGGGCUGAGGUCCCUGCUCAGCCUGGCUAAGAAGAAGCUCGACUCCUCGACGUGUAGUUUCGGUAGCAACGCGUCAAGUAAUAUAAACAAAGACCUACGAGACCUGAUCAUUUGGGCCAAGCAGGCGGAAAACCAUAUCUCUGCUGGACAGAAGUUAGCCCUUUUCCCCGAGGAGGCUCGCAUGCAGAUAGUCGAAAUGAGGAAGUUUCAGACGGAUAUUUUGUCCCGGCGGAACAAGAUGCAGGUUCAGGUCGAAGAGAUUAAAGUGACAGAAGCGUCCGUUAUGGGAAAAGAAGACAGUGACGUUCUGGAGACGGUAGAAGACCUGUAUGAAGCCAUCGCUGACAGCUUGGACCAUGUUCUUGACAACAUGAAGAAGAAUCUUGCAGAGAGAGAGAAGCUUUUAUGUGAGCUCGCGAGCAUGGAUGCUUGGCUCGCAGAGACGCACGCUAAAAGAGACCCCUGCACCCAUGUUGAGCAUGUUUCAGUUGCCAGCGUCAGCAAACUGGAGAUGGAGCUGAAGGAGCGCAGGUCAACCACAGUGGAGAUGGAGAACCAGUUAAAACAGGUGGAGACACUGUCGGAGAUCUGCACGAAAAUAUCCAAAGAGCUGAGUCCAGGAGAGAGCCGCUACCUUUGCAACAGGCUGUCGGGCCUUCGGACGGAGCUAGACGGACUUCUAGCUCACGAGAAGGCCACCAGCUGGGAGCUAGAAGAGCUCCUCAAUGAUUGGACCUCUUCAAACGAGGAGUUAUCUACCAUCCAGGCUAGUUUGAAACUAAUCUCAGCUGACUUGGCGCAACAGAAGUUCCCUUUGACGCAAGAGUCAUUGUCCUUGAUUGCGCGUUGGAAGCACAUGCUGAUGGAGCAUCAGUGCCAGGUACAGGAGCUUCAGCAUUGCCAGGAGGCGGCCAAGAGAGACCUCAUGCUGUGCUCCAUUGCAGAAAUGCAAGACAGGUGCAAAGCCCUUAGUAUCAAUGCCUUUGAGCAAGACAAGUAUUUGCAUCUGAGGGCACAACUGGAGGAAUCUCAAGAUAUUGCCAAGGAACAAAUCCAGCAGGCCAAGAACAGAGCCACUAGUGUGGGCGAGAGGUUUAGACUGUGCCAAACUCUUCUAGUCGAACUCCCUUUGGUCAAGACACAGUGUCAGGAAGCAGCGGAUCAACUGGAGGUGAUAGCUCCCGAGUUACAGACACCUGAGCUGAAUUCAGAGACGGAGAGGAUUCAACACACAGUGGAAACACUGGUAUCCUGGGAGCAGUCGGUCUCAGAUGACAUCAAAGAGCUUGAAGACAAGCUUCUGUUGGAUAUGCAGUUUAACUCUGAGCUUCCUGCCUCGAUAGAGACGUUACAAAACACGAGAGGAAAGCUGAAGGACGCUAAACCAGUUAAUCCAGAGGAGAAAGCCAUAGAUGUUGCGCUACAACAAUACUGGGUCAUUUGGAGAAAUGUGGAAUCUGGGAUGCGAGUGUUAGAAGGUCUGGCCAAGAAACAACAGGUUGACUUGAAAACAUACAAGGAACUCUGUUCUCUAAGACAUGAAAUCAUGCAAGAUUGCCACUCGCUGAUGGUUGAUCUGUCUCAGGCUAGAGAAUCCUUGAAAGACUAUCAGUGGGCUGCUCAGGGAGCCAUAAACUUCCUUCAUAACGCAGAAGCCACCUUCUUAUCAGCUCCGGGAGGGUUCCUGGAUUGCACCGAGGAACAGAAACAGACCCAACAUGCAUUACAAGCCCUUGAAGAUGGAUUUCAAGCUCAUAUUUGCCACCUGAUGGAACGGGUGCCGCAGCAGCCCUGCCUCUCCCGCCCAAAGACUGAGCUGCUCCACACUGGAAUCCUCAGCCAGCUGCUGGUAGGAAGAGCUGUACUGGAGGCCCAGGCGCAGCUCAGGCUGGAAUGUCUGCAGAGGUGUGAAAUAAGACAGCAAAAUCAUCGGAAAUGCCAUGAAGACAUCCGUCAGCGACUUUCGGAGUUGGAGGGGAAACUUUCAGAGUGUGCUGCAGAACAAGUCUCGUCGUAUGACAAAUGUGUGGCUCAGCAAAGCAGAGCUAAGCUUCUGACAGAAGAUCUUUGGAACCUGGCUGUGAAGAUAGAAGACCUUAGAGCCGGAUGCCCCAUGCAGGGCUGCGGGUCUGGGAAGGACGGUGAGCUCGGCGCUCUCUGGAGGCGCUGGGUGUCGUUACGACGGAGUGCUGGGGUCCUGAUGGCACGCAGCGAGCAAAGAGGAGAGGAAUGGAAGGACAUCACUACGAGCAUGGAGCAGUGUUGCAGCUUCCUGGCCAGUCUUCAAGACGAUGUUCCAGACGCCACUGUGAACUUCACCGAAGAGGAGCCGCAGGAGGUUCUUGCCCAGGCGGAGAGGCACCAGCUGGGUUUGGAGGAGGAGCAGCACGCCAUAUCAUCCCUGGAGCAUCGGCUAGAGCAUGCCCUGAGCUUAUCCACUUCCCAUGACUCCAUCAGCCCCGGGCCUGUGGGUAAAACGCUCGAGAAGAUCCAGGAGAAUGUCAGGAGCUUGAAAGAGAGAAACUCCAUGGUGGUGGCUGCAGCCCAGGCAGAGGAGAGAGAGCGACAGCAAGUGCAAGAGGAAUUAAAACAGGUGGAGAAUCACCUAGUGACUCUUCUACCAGCUCUGGACGUGUCUUCAAAUCCAAGCAGAAGUCAGGAGCUCAAAAAGGAUUUGUGCUCCCUGAACAUGAAGCUCAAGUGUAUCUUGGACAGCGUGCACAGACGAUAUCCAGAGAUCCCUGCAGAAAUUGAAAAGCAGAUGCAAGAAGUUCAGCUGUCUCUACAGAAAGCAGAGGAACAGCAGGUCUUGGAUAGAAAUAGUCCAGUUGGGGAACUGGAUAGUAGAGUAUGCGAGCUGGGUUCUGGACUGGAGAGAGUGAAAGCUCUACUGGAGCAGAGAAGUCCAACAGUCAGUGAAGCGCAAAACGCCCUGAAGCGUGUGUGGGAUGAGCUGGAUUCGUGGCACAGCAGCUUGAUGCUCUUGGAGAGUGAAGUUCAAGAUCUGGCAGAGCAGCAGCCAAGUGAUGCUCAGCUCCUCAUCGAUCAGCUCACGGAGCCGCAGCAGAUCUACCAAGACGCAGCGCAGCUGGCCGAGCAACGCACCGCCUUCCUCAGCAAGAUCCCUGCAUGCCUUCAGGAGCUUGAAGACAUUUUGCACAGAGCCUCCUGCUGGUUAGAGGAGGCCCGGUCCUGGCUCAGCAGUCCCGGUUCCUUCACCACGGCCAGGAGCCUCCACAAUCAUGCAAAGUCUUUACAGUUGGUUCUGGAGGACUCUAGGAGGAUCAGACACGCCCUGCAGGACUACAAGUCCACGCUGGCUGAGAUCUCUGCUGUCUGCGACAUCGGUGCCCAGGAGAUGAGGCUGGAUGAGAGUGACCAACAAGUCCAGGAAAUGCAACGCAACAUCUCAGGGCCCCUGGAGCGGCUCCUGCAGGCUGCUGCGAUAGUGGAGGUGAUUGAAACCGAUGUGAAGAUGAUGGAGAAGAACAUCACAAAAAUCAGGAUGAUUUUAUCAUCCAUGGACAUUUCCACCAUGACGCUGGAGGAGCACCUUGACAGCCGACAGGUGAUCCUGUCCAGUCUGCUGUCAAUGCGGAGCGGGUUAGAAGACAUAGAGGGGUGUAAAGAGGAGCUUCACUUUGAGGAGGGAGCAGACGGAGGCCUGCUUGUCUUCAUCAAAGCCAGGCAGCUCCUGCAGCAGCUGGAGGAGCUGGAGCAGCCCACCCGAGAGCAAGUCUCACUGUUGGAGAACCAGAUCAGUGAAGAAGAAGAAACCAGACAGAACCUCGACUUCAUUUCCGUCCCGGAUUUUCCCGAAGAGACUCCGCACAUGUUCACAUCCAUGCACACGCGCUUCCUCCAGCAGGGGGCUUGUGAGAUGUCUAAUUCAGAGGAAGAGGAGGAUGAAGAUGAUGAGAGUUGUCACUCUUCUUCCUCUGACACACUAACAAGCAGUAUCCCGGAGGACCUGGAAGAGACGCUCAACCACAGUGACGGCAGUGCUGGAGUUAAGGAGCUGGACAGUUGGACUGAUCAACUUAAUUCAGAGGUGCAGAUGGGUUGUGCUGAGACCAGUCUUUUAUCUGCGAAGGCUGGUUUUGAUUCCAACCCUGGAUCUCACAGUAUUGAAACUGGAUUAACAGAACCGAGAGCUUUUAGUCCUGAAAUUGUGCCGGGUGAUUCUCUAAGUCCGGGAGCCGUCCCCAGAACUGGAGAGCAGUUUAAAGGUGCUGAUCCUGGCCUGCAUGAGUCGCAGGAACAGGAGAUGUUUGACAUCAACUCCCAGAGGAAGAGGAAGUCCUCUCAAGUGCUGUCUGCAGUGGGUGACACGAGACUGGUUCCUUCAAGACCUAUAACCCCUUUCAGUGCCACCAGGACACCAGAUGAGCUCAGAGAAGAGGCCGAUGGACCUUCAGAUCUAGUCCCGGAUGCCGUCCAGAAUCUCAACGUUCAGCAGGAGCUCACAACUUGUCCGAGUAGUUUGGUGGAAGAAUCCCAGGAGGCUAGGAUGCUUUCUGAGGCCUCAGUCAGCCUGGCUGGACAUGAAGAUGCUGACGAGGAGGGGAUGUGGGGUCAACUUCAUUCCCAGAUGUCAGUGAAUCUAAUUCAAUUAAGAACGGUUCUGGAGAAGCAACAGAGCGCUGUCACGGAAGGUGACGGAAAAGAAAAAAAGGUUCUACAGAACAAGCUGGAAUCAGCCGGAUCAUCUGAAGUGUUUCAGCAGACACAUGAAUCCAUCACCACGCUGAGAAAAUUAGUCAAGGUUGCAGGAAGUCCUCCCCCAGGUGUGAAGCAGGACUUGCCCGAGGCGGUCCGGAGGGUCUUUCUCUGCCUGGAGCCCUUGAGCAGCCUCGUACUGACCCCCCCUGGAGCUGGGGAUGAUGGUCCUCAGCUCAGGCUGCUGCAGCUGGAGUGUGCUUCAGCUGAGAUGGUGACUCUGGCUGAGCUGUUGGGUACAGUUGAGUCAGAGUGGAAACCUGUUCUCUCAAAGGAAGAGCCCGAUGCCUCCAGAUGUUGGACUACCCUUAAGGACUGUCUUCACACGGUCCAGCUCAUCCUCACAUCCUCCCACAACCAGCUCAUUGACCACUCACACCCCGACAGCCAACACCAGGAGCUCCUGUCCAGCUCCCUGUGUCUCCUGGAUGAGUUUGAUCUGGGUGAGAUCUUCCCAAAGCUGAAGGAUGCUCCCAGUUUGGAGUUUAUACUGGGCAAACAUCUGGGUGAGGGUGCAGGAGAAAAGGCUGAGCUGCAGCAUUCAUCUCGGACCCUGCUCCGGGGCGUCGCUCGCCUCCUGGAACUGGCUGAAGAACGUUUUGCAGAGAGAUGGAAGAACAAGAACCGAAGUAAACUUCAGGCUGACCUCUGCAGACACAAGAAGCUCCUGCAGAUCCUCAGGUCCCAGCUACCAUUUCUGCAGUAUUUAUUCCAGCGUGAGCCAGCUGCACUCAAGUGCCACGAGGACGAAUGUCUCCAGCUGGAAAUCCGGGCCAAAGCCGUGCAGGAGCAAGCUCUGGAGCUGGAGGUGGCCUGUCAAAGGAUGCUGCAGGGCUGGAGCUGCAGGGAAGAUUACUGUGGUCGGCUCAGUAGGCUGCUGGAUAAAUGCGAAGCCUGCGUCUGCGGCGGGGAGCCGGGGGGAGACGACGACGAGGAGCUGCUGAAACAGAGGCUGGCUGCUUGUGAGCGAUCACUGGUGCAGCUGGAUGAGAGCCGGGCCGUGUUAGGACUUCUCCUGGAUCAGGAGAAGAUGCUGCAGGAUGAGCCGAGCUUUGCAGCCUCAAGCAGUCAGGCAGGAGGCGCUCUGGAGCUUCGAUGGAGGAGCGCGUACAGGCGGACCCAGCAGGAGAUCCAGCGCUGCAGCGAGAUCCAGGGCGUCAGGACCAGAUUCCAGGCCGACUUUGGCUCGGUGUGCGAAUGGCUGCUCGAUGCCCGUGAACACCUGAAGACUCUGUCAGGUCUGGCAGACUCCUCUGAACUGACGCAGGAGCAGAGCAGUUUGGUGAAGCUGCUGGACUUCUCCAUGGAGAUGGAAGCCAUGUCUGCGCUGAGGGCUUCCGUGUCCCAGCAUGCCACUCGGCUCCUCCACCUGAGGGAAGCCGACUGCCCCGAGCUGAGAUCCCAGCUCAACCGGCUGGAGGUCGGCUGGAGCCGGAUGACGUCCCACCUGUCCCGGGCGCAAGAGCAGCUGCAGCAGCGACCGCCGGCAGCACAACCGCCACUGAAGCUGCUGUCUGAGCUGGAGGACAGGCGGGGGAAGAUGGAGGUUCGGCUGAACCAGGAGAAGGAGCGAAUCCUCAGCGCUGAAAGAGCAGAAAAUAUUUCAGAAAUUCUGCAGCAGUAUCAGGUGUUAAAGACAGCUGUGGCCAGCGGUCAGCUGCUCCUGGAUUUCCUGUCCGAGCCGGGCCGUCGGAUGUUGGGAGCAGACGUGCAGGCUCUCCGAUCAGAGCACACGGAGAUCGCAGAGAAACUCGGCGCCGCCAGACUGCAGUGGCUGCUGCUCCGGAGGGAUCUGGAAACUCGGAUUCGUGACGUUGAACAGAUCCAUCACUCUUGUACGCAGCGAGAGAGACAACUGCAGCGCCUUCACGCUUGGAUAGAGCAGCAGAAAAAGCAGCUGAAUCAGUGGAAACAGCCAACAACCAGUCUCACUCUGGCUUGUAAGGCUCUCGUGGAGCAGGAGGCCACUGUGGGCAAAGCAAAGGAGGUUUGUGCAGCUUUACGGGAGUUGAAGACGAGAAGAGUAUAUGAUGAUAAGGAAGGGCAGCACCCGAGUGACGUUGCCUUCUCUGAUCAAGCAGAGCUUCUUAUUCAGGCUUGUGAGGAUCUUAGUCAACAGGUUGAAACUCUGGGACAGGCUCUUCGAAAGGCUGUUGUGGAGUGGACAGGUUUCUACAAAGGCCUGAGGGACGUUGCUCAGCAGACCACUAGGGCGAGCUGUGCCCUGCAGCAUCACAAAGCUCCUUUCUUCUCAGUAACGCAGGCUGAGGGAUACUCACACCGUCUCCAGGAAUUGCAGGCGAGGGCCACAGAGGGAGAAGCUCUGUGGAUAGCUGUGGACAAAUCCUAUCAGAGACUUGUGGAAAGUCUCCCUCGCCGAGCCGCACAGGCACUCGCCAACCAAGUACAAGAAGAACGAAAACGGUGGAAGGACACGGUGGAGGAGAUAAAGGAGGAGCACGUGAAGACCAGAAGGACACUUUCCCUCUGGAACGAGUACACGCGCCUCUCCGAUAGCUGCUCCCUUUGCCUGCAGCACCUGCGGGACGAGUGGGAGACGCUGUCGAGUUCACUCUCACCUGAGACAGACGCACAAGCCACGGCUUCCUCCAUCGAGGAACUGCAAGAUGCUGCUGCAGAACUGCAAAGCAGUUUGGGAGAUGUGCUGGCGGCCUCCAAGCCUCUGACUGGACGGUUGGAGCCGCUGGCUGCAAACGUGGUGCAGUCAGAAACUAGGCUGCUGUCACGUGAUGUCCUGCUGCUGAACCUCGCAGUGUCUGCCAGAAAGAACAGUCUCCAGGAUGAUUUGGAGACGCAGAGUUUAUUUUCCACGCGACUGGAGGCCGUUGAAAAACACAUGCAGAACCUGCUGCAUAAACUCGAGACCUGCGUUUACGACGCAGACUCUGUCCAGCAUGUUCUUUUCGAGCUGAGUGAUUUGGUGCCAAUGCUGCUUGACAUUAAAGGGAUGAGUGGCUACAUGAAGCUGCGCAGCAGUGAGAAGGAGAGGCUGCAGACGCUCUGCAGGCGCUGGGUGGAGAGCAUGACUCAGGUCUCAGGCAGAAACAGAGAGCUGCAUGGCGAGCGUCAACGCUCACAGAACUUUCAGGAGAAGUGUGAGAAGCUUAAAUCUAUCCAGGACAAGCUGGAGCUGGAGUCGGCGUGCAGAAAGCCUCCAACUUACUCAAACCUUCAAGAGAUCCUGACAGUCCACCAGAGGCUGCAGGCUGAGGGAAUAAUCGGGCAUCAGCUCCUGCAGGAUCUUCUCUUUGAUGCACUUGGGUGCCUGGACAAAGAACCUCGAGGAAAAAGAUCUGAGGUCAUGGCUCAAGUGGCCUCUGUGAAGAAGACCUGGUUCAGCUCCGUAGCCGCGGCCGCGCGCAAUCGCACCCUGACAAAAGAGCACCUGCUCCGCUGGAGCCGCUACAGCUGUGGAUCAAAACUCCUCUGGAAGCAGCUGAGGGUCGUGGACUCUUUUCUUCCCCUUGUUGGACCCUUUCUCUGCACGCUCCAACAGCUGCAGAGCUGCUCAGAUGUGUACCAGUGUCUCGAAGAGGCUGGAAGUCUGUACUCUCCUGUGUACCAAAAGACUGUGGAGGCGGGAGAGCUUUUGUGUGAAACCGUCACAGAACCUGAGUGUCGGAGGCGACUGCAGUCUGAGCUGCAGGACAUGAAAGAGGCCUGGGGGCGCAGCUCCUCCCUGCUGCAGACCAACAAGGCCCUGCUCAACACCGCUGUGGAGAUGUGGUCUCAAAGUCAGGGUGGGAUAACCAACAUUGUGUCUGAACUGGACAAGGUGACGCAGCUGCUGGCUGAAAGCCCCGACGGCUCCAGGGAGGAGGUGCUUCUGCAGGAGGCCGAGCUCUCUCUGCAGCGUCUGGCCGCCCGACUGAAGGAACUGGCCACCAUGAAGACGGACCUGACCCAAUAUGUGGCGGCCACUGACUCGGCUGUGCUGGAGCAGCAGCUGGAGCAGCUCAGCGGUCAGUGGGGAGAGCUGUGUAUGAAGGUAUCCUUACGAAGGCAAGAAAUAGCUGACCGCCUCAAUGCCUGGACCAUCUUCAAUGACAAGAACAAAGAGUUCUGUGACUGGCUGACUCAGAUGGACAACAAGGUGUGCCACAAGGAAGAUCUGAGCAUCGAGGAAAUGGUGGAAAAACUGAAGAAGGACUGCAUGGAGGAGAUCAAUUUGUUCAGCGAGAACAAGAGCCACCUGAAGCAGCUGGGGGAGCAGCUACUUGUCGCCAGCGACGAGGCCAAGCAGAGCCAGGUCCACGGCUCGCUGCAGGAAAUCAAUCAGCGGUGGCACGGCCUCUUCCACCACAUUGAAGCCAGGGUGAAGAAGCUGAAGGAGACUCUGGUGGCGGUGCAGCAGCUGGAUAAGAACAUGAGCAACCUUCGAUCGUGGCUGUCUCGCAUCGAGGCCGAGCUGUCCAGACCCAUCACCUACAGCGUCUGCCAUGAACGGGAGAUCCAGAGGAGGCUGGCUGAGCAGCAGGAGCUGCAGAAGGACAUCGAGCAGCACACGGAAGGUGUUGCGUCGGUGCUCAGUCUCUGUGACGUCUUGCUACACGACGAAGACGCCGCCAGCGGCUCCGAGGCGGAGGGCGACUCCCUACAGGAAACCAGUCGCAGCCUGGACCAGCGCUGGAGGACCAUCUGUGCUCUGGCUCUGGAGAGGAGGCUCAGGAUCGAGGAGACGUGGACACUCUGGUGCAAGUUCCUCAAUGAUUACUCCCGCUUUGAGGACUGGCUGAAGAUGGCCGAGAGAAAUGCUGCCAACCCCAACUCCGCAGACGUCCUCUUCUCCGCUGCCAAGGAGGAGCUCAAGAAAUUUGAGGGUCUCCAAAGGCAGGUGAAUGAGCGCCUGACCCAGCUGGAGCUCGUCAACAACCAGUACCGGCGCCUGGCCCGGGAGAACCGCACCGACAGAGCCAGCCAGCUCAAAGCCACGGUCCGUGAGGGGAACCAGCGCUGGGACGCGCUGCACCGCCGGGUGGCCGCCAUCCUCCGCAGACUCAAGCAUUUUACCAGCCAGAGGGAGGAAUUUGAAGGCACCAGGGAGAGCAUGUUGGUGUGGCUGACGGAGCUGGACCUGCAGCUCACCAACGUGGAGCACUUCUCUGAGAGCGACGUCCAUCACAAGAUACAGCAGCUCAAUAGUUUCCAGAAGGAGAUCACCCUGAACACCGAGCGCAUUGAUGGACUGAUAGUGUUUGGAGAGGGCCUGAUCCAGAAAAGUGCUCCGCAGGAUGCAGCGCUGAUCGAGGACGAGCUAGAGGAGCUCCACUCCUACUGCCAGGAGGUUUUCGGCAGGCUGGUCCGCUUCCACCAGCGCCUCAGCCAGCCCCCGAUGGUGGAAGAACCAGAGCUUUCUGGUUCCUCCUUGUCCUUGGAGUCCAGCUUGGAGCUGAUUGGCCGGCCGUGGCUGGGGCGGGGCCAGGUGAGCCUCCCGGCCACGCCCACCCACCUGCUGACGUCCCCCUUGGAGCGUUCGGGCAGGGAGACGCCGCUGAGCGUGGACUCCCUGCCUCUGGAGUGGGACCACACCGUAGACGUGGGCUCGUCGUCACACGAGGACGAUGAGGAGGAGGAAGAGCACGAUGAAGAAGGAACUUACUUCAGCGCUGCUUCAAGCAGGUCGUCUGUUCCAGAGUCUCCACAAUGGCACUCACCGGGAGUCAGAGAGGGACCUGCUGAGACGACCCCGGCCCUCACCAGCACUCCUCUAAAGCAGGGCUAUCUGCGUCUCAUGUCUCAGUGCAGCGGCAGCAUCGAGAACAUUAGGAGGGUCUCUCUGAUGCUGGAUGAGGAGGAGCAGCCGGAGGAGAUGGGGCUGACGGGGCUGACGGCCUCAGACAAACAGUCAGGUGUGAUUGAGCGCUGGGAGCUGCUCCGGGCUCAGUCCCGGUGCAGCCUGCAGGCCGACCCCCGCGAGCCUCGGCCGCUGGCGUCUGACCUGGGCCACAUCACUUCCUGGCUGGAGAAGGUGGUGCCGGAGCUGGACCGACUCCUGCAGUGCGACUCAGCGGCCAGCGUGGAGGCCCUGGAGGCCAAGGCCAAAGAACUAAAGGAAAUGCAGAAAAUGUUCGCUCACUACAAGUCCAUCAUGUUGUCUGCCAACCUGCGGGCAGAAGAAGCUCCUGGGCUGCAGGAGAGCCUCUCUGCCAUGAACAGAGACUGGAGCAGAGCCUGCACGGGCCUGCAGCAGUGGGACUCCGGCCUCAGGAGGACACUGAUGCGCUGCCAGGAGUUUCAUGAAACCCUCCACUCCCUGCUGCUGUGGCUGGCUCAUGCAGAGAGCAGACGCUUCGCCGUGGACAUCCACCACCGAGACGCCAGCGUCAGGGCCCUGCGACAGCACUACAACACGCUGACUGAUCUGCGGGAGGAGCUCCGGGGCAGGCGGGCCCAGCAGGCCUCCCUGCAGGCCCUGUGGUCCCAGCUGCAGCCGGAGGACGAGGCGGAGGAGAGCGGAGAGGCUCGGGAGAAGCUCCACGUCACGGGCAGCAAGCUGAAACUGCUGCUGAGGGACGUGGAGCAGGAUGUCGGCACCCUGCAACAGCGUCUGGAUUGUGAGUCUGCACCAGCUGUCCAAAGUGACUCAGCAGAGGCGUCUCAGAAAGCUGCUCAUUCAAAGACAGGAUCCGCUGCUCAGAGAGAGAGGAGGGAGUCGUCGCCACCCCGAUCCUUCUUCCAGCGGGUUCUCCGCGCUGCCUUCCCGCUCCAGUUCCUGCUGCUGUUCCUCCUGCUCCUCCCCUGUCUCAUCCCCCUCUCAGAGAGCGGACCCGGCUGCGCCGUCACCAACAACUUCGCCCGCUCCUUCUAUCCCAUGUUGCACUACACCAACGGUCCCCCACCCACCUGAGACACUCGCUAAUAAUGUGCCACCUUUUCCUUCAUAAACAAACAAGAAUUGUUUCAGUACUAAAUGCUCUAUUAUCCCAUAAAUCAGUCAUUGUAGCUGAAAGGACCUCAAUGCCUCCUUGAUUUAUAGUCAGACCUAAAAUCAUCCGUUUAAUCCACUUUUGAGGCCGUCGCAGUUUCCACCUACGAAAUGCAAGCAGGAAUAACUGUUCCCCCUCGACCAUUACGCCCUUAUCAUGACACACUUGGAAAACACUACCUGGAAAAAGACUUUCAGGUGGUCCAAAGUGGUAUUAGAUUAGAGAUGAGAUGAUCUCUGUGUCAACUAAAGAUUUACUGAAUAACUAUUUAUUCAUGUUUUCUCAUUUGUAUGCUUUAAGACUUUUUAAGACUUAAUGCUGAGUAAGUCAUUGUUGACUCUCCAGGAGGCGUGCCAAUGCUCAGUCAAGCUGCCUGUGGAAACACUGCCAACUUAUGUGCGCUUACAUUUGUACGUCGAUGACACAUCGGGGGAUAGUCGGAGGUUCCAAGGUUUGCACGCCUGUGAUCAAAAUUUACUGUAAGACUGUGUCAUAAAUCUGAGCCCAGCUCUGAACUCGGCGGCCCGGCGAGGCAUCAGCGUUCCAGCUGCAGGACGAGAGACGCAGGAAAGGUUCAAUAUGGUCAAUGGAAAUCACAGCUGGAGGCGUACGUCUUCAAACGAGGACAGUCGGGUCGAAACAUCCCAAUCCAGCGUAUGAACUUGUACUGUUGUGCUUGGUUUCAACUCCCAGACACGGAGCUCUGCGUCCUUCACAUGUGUUGUUUUAUGAACAUUUCAUUGUGAGUAAUGCUUUUUAACCUUUUUAGUUAGGUUGAAUGUAUUCUAUGAAAAUUAAACAGAAAAAAGAAAACACUUGUAUAAUAACGCUCUUGUUGAUGUAAGUAGGUUGUGAGCAGACGUUUCCACGCUGUGGUGUAUUGAUGAAGCUGUAGGAUGUUUAUGUACAGAUUGGAUUAAUUUAAUGCUUAUUUAUAACAUAAAAACUGGAUUUAUGCUUGUGAUUUUAUCUAAGUAAAUCAAGGUCCGAGUCUU